AUGUCUUCAUUAGAUCUUUCUUUUUUUCCGAUCAAUUCUGACUCAACUUUGUUAUCUUCACUACCAUCUAUAAGUAUAUCAUUUGAUGAAACAAAGGCCAAAAUGAUGCAAUUUACUGCUAAAUUUGACAAGUUCAUUAUGAAUAUGAAAGAGAAGCAGCUUGAAGAAAAAAACCGCCAUUCAAAAGCUAUGGCAGGAGAUCGAGAAAUACAGAAAACCCUUCAAAACCAGGUUGAAAACUACAAACAAAUUGAAAAGAAUAUGCUUCUUGCGGUAGAAAAAGAAAAACAAGAAGUAAUGGAAGCAGAGUUGUCUAUUUCUGAAUUUAAGGAAAAAAAAGCAAUGAUGUCUGAGAAACGGGAAUAUUUAUCGCAGCAAAUACAAGAUAUUAACCAAAUAAUUCAAAAAAAACGUGAACUUCGAGCCAAUAUGCGACACAUGCUUAUUAAGCAGGCUUCUAAAAAUCAGCCAGAGUUGAAAUUUUGGGAAGAUUAUCUGGCUAUGAAGAUUGAAGGAGUUAAAGAUGAUUUUCUUAAAAUCGUUUUUACGCAUAUUGAUGAAAAUGACUGGAUGAGGGAGUUUUAUUUUAUAAUUAAUCUUUCUCAAAGGGAUUAUGAAGUCACCGAGUGUUCACCUCCACUGACGACUAUUAAUGAAAUUGUUUUAAAAUUGAAUCAAUCAAGAGACUUUUUUGAAUUUCUUAAAGAUAUGCGGAAAGAUUUUAAAAAAAUUGUUCGUUUCUCUUAA